AUGUCUCACGGAAAGCAGUUCACGCUCUUCUCCCAUCUCGGCGGCGGUCCUAACGGAUGGAAAGUGGCGAUCGUUCUCGAUGAACUAGGCUUGGAGUACGAGCCAAAGUACCUAGACUUCGGCAAGGAUGAGCAUAGAGCCCAGAGCAUACGCAGUACAACCCGAAUGGACGGAUACCAACGCUCAUCGAUCAUGCGAAUAAUGACUUCGCCAUCUGCCGCCAUAAUUGCCUAUCUAGUUGACAAGUACGAUCCGGAGCACAAGGUUUCUGUCGGGGACCCUAGCGAGAAGUGGCAACAGUUGCAAUGGCUCAUUUUCCAGGCAUCCGGACAAGGCCCGUAUUUUGGACAAGCUUACUGGUUUAUGAAAUACCACCAUGAGAUCAUCCCAAGCGCCAUUGACCGCUAUCGCAAGGAGACGGUCCGCGUCCUCGGUGUACUUGAGAAGGUCCUGUCGAAACAAGAGUGGCUUGUCGGUGGAAAGUGUACCGUUGCCGAUCUCUCGUUUGUGCCGUGGAAUGUCGUGGCUCUUGACAUCAUGCGACAGUGGAAUGUGGUGGACUUCAAGGUCAUUCUGGCAGAGUAUCCCGGGUUCGAUCUCGAGAAGACUAUCCAGCCGUCCACAGGUCAGCUAUACUAUCUGCGCGAAGCUAGUUGA